AGCUCAGACGUUCUCUGGGGGGGUCCUCGGUGAGCCCUGUCAUGGUUCUUUAAGGAACCUCGUCGCCUAGAAGUCCCAACACGCAGUUCCCCGUCGCCGGGAAGGCGUGGACUCCAAGAUGAUCAUAAAGGAGUAUCGGAUUCCUCUGCCGAUGACCGUGGAGGAGUACCGCAUCGCCCAGCUCUACAUGAUACAGAAGAAGAGCCGCAACGAGACAUAUGGCGAAGGCAGCGGCGUGGAGAUCCUGGAGAACAGGCCAUACACGGACGGCCCAGGCGGCUCCGGACAGUACACACACAAGGUGUACCACGUGGGCAGGCACAUUCCCAGCUGGUUCCGCUCCAUCCUGCCCAAGGCGGGCCUGCGGGUGGUGGAGGAGUCCUGGAACGCCUACCCCUACACUCGAACCAGGUUCACUUGCCCUUUCGUGGAAAAAUUCUCCAUCGACAUUGAAACCUUUUAUAAAACCGAUGCCGGAGAAAACCCCAACGUGUUCAGCCUGUCGCCCGUGGAAAGGAGCCAGCUGGUGAUCGGUAACGUCCACCACGACGCUCCCUCGCUGGGGAGGGCAGGGGCCCUUCUGGGCCGU